UCUGAGCGACUGUCGGCUUAGUUCACGGACGGUCUUCCAUCAGUUCACCGGCUUUUUUUUGUUUACUAGAGUGGUGAUCGAGCGAUCGGAUUUGUUCGGUUUGAUCCAAAAAGUCGUUUGUGUUUCGUCUGGUGGUUUUAGCUGUGUUAUUAGCUGUGUGACGUUAUUUUAAAUUUUCUCCAGUGUUGUGGAAGUUUGAGCUAGCUUUCUUCGGCAGACUGUUUGGUAACAAGAUCUUUCACAUACAACAAAUACGACCAAAUCAGAUAUCAAAUAUUUUAUAUCAAUAUUGAACGCGAACAAUAGUGCUAAGCAUAUACAAACACAAGUGAUAUCGACCAGUGAAAGACAACAUUCAUAAAAUCAUGAUUCGCGGAGCAACCUCUCACCUGGCGCGGCUCAGCAACGCAACCAGUGCAGUGAAGAGCUCGUGGCGCAAACAAUGUGUUCAACUGCUCAGUACAAAAAGUCAGAUCAAAUAUUUAGAAGAAUCUACCUUUCCCCUGGAGAACGGCUUGGAGCAAAAUUCGCUUUACGGAAAAUCGCUACAGGUGCCCUACACCACGGUUGAAAACUACAUCUGGGACAGCUUCAGCCAGUGGACGAACAAAACGGCCGUGGUAUGCGGCGUAACGGGCAGAAACUACACCUACGGAACGCUUCGGGACCACUGUGCCGCCCUGGCCAUCCGAUUGCAGCAAAAGUGCAAGCUAAACUUUGGAAACACACUGGCUAUAUGCUUGCCGAAUGUUCCAGAAUUUCCGCUGAUUUGUUUUGGGGCCAUCGAAGCCGGACUUGUCAUCACGACAAUCAACCCAAUCUACACGGCCGAGGAAAUCAGCCGUCAACUGGUGGACAGCGACAGCAAAAUCUUGUUUGGAACCGUAUCAAACUACUCGGUGCUAAAAGAAGCGACCAAGCUGGCCCAGCGAAACAUUCCCAUCGUGUGCUUGAAGACAAGCACCGAGGAAAGCCUGCCGGAAGGAGCAAUCGAUUUCGCCGAGUUGGCUAAUCCUUCCGGUGUUCACUUUAGCAGCUUGCAGAGACACAGCCGAGAUCCGGACGAUGUGGUUUUCAUGCCGUAUUCCUCGGGCACGACGGGUUUGCCAAAGGGAGUAGAGCUAACCCACACCAACAUCGUCUCCAACAGCGAAAUGUUGGCGGUCAAGGCCGGCCAAAGUUCGGUGGUGCUUCCGACAACCGACUCCUUCCAGGAUGUGUUGCCCUGUGUGCUUCCGAUGUUCCACAUCUACGGCCUCACGGUGACAAUGAUCUCGAAACUUGCCAAAGGCACCAAACUGGUCACAUUGCCCGCCUUUCGACCAGAUACCUUCCUGAAAGCACUGACCGAACACAAGGGAACGGUUCUGCACGCAGUUCCUCCGAUAAUCAUGUUCCUGAGCAAUCACGAUAUGGUGAAACCGCAGCACAUGGAAACAGUGAGGAAUAUUUUCUCGGGGGCGGCUCCGAUGGGGGCACUGGAUGCAGAAAAGCUCAUUGCAAAGGCUCCAAAGAUUGUGUUUGCUCAAGGGUACGGAUUAACCGAAACCUCACCGGUGGUUCUGAUUGGCGCUCUGGGAAGCAACAAUUACGCUUCCGUGGGAUCACCUCCGCCUAGGACUCAGGCAAAGAUCGUAGAUUUGAACGAUCCCACAAACACCGCACUUGGUCCCAACCAAAGUGGAGAGCUGCUGGUUCGUGGACCGCAGGUCAUGAAGGGCUACCACAACAACAAACAGGCCACGGACGAUAUCUUCACCGAGGGUGGAUGGCUCCGAACGGGUGAUAUCGCUCAUUACGACGACAACGCCGAGUUCUACAUAACCGAUAGACUGAAAGAACUGAUCAAGGUCAAGGGCUUCCAAGUGGCACCGGCAGAAUUAGAAGAAAUUCUGCGUGACCACCCGGCCGUUGCGGAUGCCGCAGUGGUGGGCCAACCUCACCCCGUGUCUGGAGAGGUUCCACGAGCGUUCAUUGUUCCCAAACAAAACGCCAAAAUAACCGAUGAAGAGCUGAAACAGUUUGUCGCCGGCAAGGUGGCUGUGUACAAAAAGUUGGAAGGAGGAGUCACGUUCAUCAAGGAAAUCCCGAAAAAUCCUUCCGGCAAGAUUCUACGUCGCGUACUGAAGGAGGAGUACUGCUCCUGAAUGAACGCUUAUGUUUAAUGGUUAGGUUUCGAACGUUUGUAGAUCAUUCCUCACAUUUCUGUGCAUCCGUGUAGCCCUUUGAUCUGUUGUUUAAGGUUGUGUGAGCCUACUUCAGUAUAAUUUUUAGCAUAAGAUUCACAGUAAUAUUUUAUUUCCUGUAGAUUGUUUUUGAGUCUGAUAUAAUGGUAUCCCGUUCACCGACAGCUAUUACUGAAGGUAGUUUCAAGGUAGAACAAGUUUUUGUUACUCAUUCAUGUUCUCAAUGCAAUAAUAACUUAAGAUAUCAUUAAAGAACCUUUUCAAAUACAAA